AUGGAUCAAGAAGGGCAGUCCAGGGAAGACGAAUUCGUCUUUCACUCGAAGUACACGCCAAGGGGCUCGGAACCGGUGAAGUACUACGUUUGCCUGGCCUGCAGAUCAAGGAAAGAAGAUGAGAACCUCACCGGAGCGGAGCUUCCUCGUUUGAAAAUCACGGCCGAGGGAAGAGUAUUUCCAAUGAGGCAGCAUGCCGUACACAUUUGUCGGGAAUCAAGCCCUGAAAUGCUUGUUGCGAAACAUUUCGAACGAAAGCGGAGGCUCGACAUCGACGCAGGCCACGAGCGCCGACCAAGAGAGGUGUAUGAAAACAUGCUGGCUGACCUCUCACGAGAGAUGCAGCAUUCUUCGCGGCAGGAAAGGCUAGCUGUGGAAAGGCACAUACAGCCAUAUCAAUGUGUCAGAGCAGCAUACUACAGGAGGCUCAACAAGAGGUACCCAACACUGAUGGGCAUAGGGGAGCCGUCUGAUGCGUGGCAACAGCUCUCCCUGACGUGGGAGGCGCGACACUCGUCCGACAUGGAGGACACCAUGGUUCUCUACCAGAAGACACAGCCGCCUACGGUCGUGCUUGCAUCAGCCCUGGAUCUCGAGAUCCUUCACCAGUCACGCCACUGGGUGUGCGACGGUACAUUUCAGUACUGUCCUUCUGGGUUUGCCCAGUUGUACAGCAUUCAUGGGUUUCUUCAUGGAGAGGCAGUCCCACUUGUUGUGGCACUGUUGCCAUCAAGAUCUGCAGCAACGUAUGCUGAACUUUUCAACGUGACCAAGGAUGCCCUGACCUCGAGGUUUGGGACAGUUGGGGCCCUCGAGUGUGGCCACUUUGACUUCGAAACUGGAGCAAUUGGACGCUUUGAGGCCGUCUUCCGUGUUCAGGCUAAGGGUUGCCUGUUCCAUUUCAUCCAGUGCAUCACCAGAAAGGUUGGAGAACUGGGACUACAGACUUUAUACAGGGAUGAAGAGAACCCAGCACUCAAGCAAUGGGUGCGUAAGGUAGUUGGCCUCGCCCUACUGCCACCGGAGCUGGUGCUGGUGCACUGGAACGACUGCCUCAAGCACUAG